CGGGAAAGUAGAUAUGGCGAAUUUAUGAUGCGAAGGCCCAAGGAAAACGGCAAAACGCACGCCAUCUGGAAUCACCAGACCCCACCACUACCACCCUUCUUCCAAAACACCCACACUGCUCGACUAUCCCCUGCUCCCUCUUUUCUAUCAAACCACAAAUUCAGUCUCUACAUAUGUUAUACCUAAUUUUUACUGCUUAAAUUGAGUAUAACCCAUCUGGGUCCCCUUAAAAUCACUAAUUCAAGAUUGAUAAUCAGUAGUCAGUACCAAGUGAAUCACAAUGGGAACUGGUUCAUCAAUUAACCUUGAUACCAGCGACGAUCAUGCCGGUGGUCAACUCUAUGUAUCUCUCAAGAUGGAGAGUUACGGUCCCAAAGGAGACCUUGUUCCUCACGUCUUCGGUUCUGCUCCUCUCGUCGGCUCAUGGGACCCCUCCAAAGCUCUUCCGAUGGAGCGAGAGUCAUCCUCAAUGUGGCAAUUAAGCUUCGUUGCUUCUCCCAAUCAUGAUACAUUGGACUUUAAGUUCUUAUUGAAGUCAAAGGAUACCAACGAACUAUGCAUAGUAGAAGAAGGUCCAAACAGGCAAUUCAUGGGUGGGACCUUGCAAGGGGUUACAAGGUUGGCUCUAUUUAGGCUAACCACUGAUGAGGUUCUUGAGUACAGGGUUUGUAUUAAAGCAGAUAGGGUUUCACCCUUUGAUCUUGCUGCUAGUUGGAGAGCUUAUCAAGAAAAUCUUGAACCCUCAACUGUGCGUGGGAUUCCUGAUGUUAGUAUAAAUGCAUUGCCCGAAGAUAGUGAGAAUGGCAUGUCAUCAAGUUUGGAUCUUGAUCUUGAACAAUAUGUAGUCCCAACUCCAUCGACUCCUGUGGUAUAUGCUGCAAAUUUGACAGAGAAUCCAAGAUCUUUGAAGCAUAUCAAGGAGUCUACUAAAGGUGAUGUGGGUGUUUCUAAUGAUCCACAAACAACCAUAAAGGAAAGGGAAAUUGCUACUAAAGCUCAUGGUAUGGUUGAGUCAAAAUCUGUGGGAACAUUUUCACCAUUAGAAAAGGAAAAUAGUGAAGAAGGAGUUUUUGUGGAUAGAGGUGUGGGAUCUUCUCGGUUAGUGAAAUCCGCAAGUGCAACCAACUUGCCUGCUUCAGAAGCUAAGAACUCAAUGCCGGCUGCUGCUGGAGCUGUUGCAGCUGCAGCUGUUGCUGAUCAAAUGCUUGGACCCAAAGAAGAUAUGCAUCUCGCCAUUGUCUUGGUGGGGUUGCCAGCUCGUGGCAAAACUUUUACAGCUGCUAAACUUACAAGGUAUCUCCGUUGGUUAGGUCAUGACACUAAACAUUUCAAUGUUGGAAAGUACCGACGCCUUAAGCUUGGAGCUAACCAGAGCGCUGAUUUUUUUCGAGGUGACAAUCCAGAAGGCAUGGAGGCUCGAAAUGAGGUAGCUGCUUUAGCAAUGGAUGACAUGAUAGCUUGGAUGCAAGAAGGUGGCCAAGUAGGAAUAUUUGAUGCUACAAACAGCACUAGUGAAAGAAGGAAUAUGCUUAUGAAGAUGGCUGAAGGAAAAUGCAAGAUCAUCUUUCUGGAAACAAUAUGUACUGAUCCACAGAUUAUUGAAAGAAACAUUCGCCUCAAGAUUCAACAGAGUCCAGAUUAUGCAGAAGAGCCUGAUUUUGAAGCUGGAUAUCAGGACUUCAAAAGGCGACUUGAUAAUUAUGAAAAGAUGUAUGAGCCAGUGAAUGAAGGAUCAUAUAUUAAAAUGAUUGAUAUGGCAAGUGGUCAAGGUGGACAGAUACAAGUGAAUAAUCUCGGUGGUUAUCUUCCUGGGAGGAUUGUGUUUUUCUUGGUGAAUACGCAUUUGACACCACGUCCGAUUUUGCUUACGAGGCAUGGUGAAAGUCGUGAUAAUGUCAGAGGAAGAAUAGGUGGUGACACGGUUUUGAGUGAGAAAGGUGAGGUUUAUGCUAAGAAACUUUCCAACUUUGUGGAAAAGCGACUCAAAAACGAACGCGCUGCUUCUAUAUGGACAAGCACAUUGCAAAGAACAAUUUUGACAGCAAAUCAAAUUGGGGGGUUCCCAAAGAUACAAUGGCGUGCACUUGAUGAGAUAAAUGCGGGUGUAUGCGAUGGAAUGACAUAUGAAGAAAUAAAAAAGAACAUGCCCGAUGAAUACGAAUCACGCAAGAAGGAUAAAUUGAGGUAUCGAUACCCUCGUGGCGAGUCUUAUUUGGAUGUAAUACAAAGGUUGGAGCCCGUGAUCAUCGAGCUUGAACGCCAACGGGCUCCCGUUGUGGUCGUAUCUCACCAGGCUGUUUUGAGAGCUUUAUAUGCAUAUUUUGCUGAUAGACCAUUGAAAGAAAUUCCACACAUUGAGAUGCCAUUGCAUACAAUAAUCGAGAUACAAAUGGGAGUCACUGGUGUUCAAGAGAAACGAUACAAGCUCAUGGAUUGAUCCAUUUUACAACAUUAAUGUUUUCUUGUAACUUGCUAACACUUAAACUACACAAUUCAUUCAACUUUUAUAACUCCCCAAACAUCAUUACACACAACAU